AAGGAAGUAGAGGAAGAGAGACCUUACGUUCAAAGCGCACAGGUCAAUGUUAUGAACACAAAUAAUGGGAUUAUAUUUAUAUAGCAUUAUUAUAGAGCCGUCAGACCCUUUAGAUACUUGCUAUUAACUAGCAUAUUGUGUUUUGAAAUUCGCCUCUGUUUUUUUGUAUAUCUAUGCAGAAACGCGUCUAUAAUCUCUGUUUCCAGUUUAUGAAGUAGGUCAUUGCUGUUGGCAUGUUUCUUGUGGGGUUAACUGGAGGCAUUGCCUCAGGGAAGAGCACAGUGUCUUCUCAGCUGAAAGAACUGGGCUGUCCUGUCAUCGAUGCAGAUGUGGUGGCCCGGAAAGUGGUGGAGCCCCAAAGCCCAGCGUACAGACUGAUCGUGCAGCAUUUUGGACGUGAAAUUUUGUUAGACAAUGGCGAGAUUGACAGACAGAAACUGGGGCAGAUCAUCUUCUCCAGCCCCGAGAAACGAAAACUUCUCAACUCCAUCACACACCCAGAAAUACAUAAAGAAAUGUUCAAACAAAUACUGUUGUACUUCCUUAAAGGCUACAGAUAUGUGGUUUUGGAUGUGCCGCUGCUUUUCGAAACACGACGCCUCACUCGUUUCCUAACACACGCGGUUGUCGUUUACUGUGACCCAGCGACGCAGCUGUCCCGUCUCAUGCAGAGGGACGGUUUGGGUCAGGAGGAGGCCGAGCAGAGGAUCGGCGCUCAGAUGCCCCUCAAAGAGAAGCGAGGACUCGCCAGUCAUGUGAUCGAGAACUCGGGCUCUCGUGAGGACACUCACAGACAGGUGCUGCGGCUGCACACCAAGCUCGAGGACUCCAUGGAGUUCCUGGUCAUCAGGGCCAUCGCUGUUGCAGCUGUCGCUGGGCUCGGCGGUCUGUUUUUAUGUACAGUCAGACUGCUGGUCUCUUAACAAACAUACUGAAAUGCUUCCACAACAACAGCAAUAGGACUUAAACCGAUAGCGUACCCAUAAAUCUACAUUUCGGUCAACAUUUGCUCAUUAUAUGCGGUCUUCUUUCUUCUGUGGAAGUGUGU